AUGUCUCCAAUCACAGCAGAUCACACCGUCGUCCUUAUAACAGGUGCCAAUCAAGGAAUCGGCUAUGAGUGCGUCAAGAAGCUGGCAGCUGAACAAACCAACUACCACAUCCUGCUCGGCUCGCGAAGCCUGGAAAAGGGCAAGGAAGCAGCGAGCAGCUUGACAGAUCUGGCCCAAGGUACCUCAGUCGAGCCUUUGGAGCUCGAUGUCGACAACGAUGACAGCAUUGCCAAAGCCGCCAAGUACGUCGAGGAGAAGUUUGGUCGACUUGACGUCCUGCUCAACAACGCGGGCAUCAGCGGCGUCAAGGGCGUGAGUUUUCGCCAAAGCAUGAUCCAGACGCUUCAAACCAACACCGUCGGCGCCGCUUGUGUGACGGAAGCCUUCAUUCCCCUGAUGCGAAAGGCUCAAGUCCCGCGGCUCCUCUUCAUGUCGUCGGGCCUCGGUUCCAUCACCCUCACUUUGGACCCUUCGUUCCCCUAUUACGAAUUGGGCAAUACACCUGAUGUCAAGGGAUAUAUCAUUUCAAAGUGUGCAGAGAACAUGGUCGGGGCUUUGUAUGCGGUUCAACUAGGCAAGGAGGGAUUCAAGGUCAACAUGAUUUGCCCCGGUCACCGAGCCACCAACUUGAAUGGCUAUGACGCGCGUGGCACCAAAGCUGCAGACGGUGCAGUCGAGGCUUGCCGAUUGAUCGUCGAUACUGAUAAAAACGGUCAACAUGCAACAUUCACCACCUCUCCUGAGACACAAUACCCAUGGUGA